AUGGCAGCUAAUCUUUCUUCUUCCUCCCCCCUCCUAACAUUCACCUCUUUAUUAUUCCUCAUCUUAUCUUCAAAUUCAUAUUUCCUUGCUACUACUUCUGCCAUAACAACCAAAACAACAACAGAACUUCAUGAUCAUCAAUCAUCAUCAAAUCAACCUUUCAAAUACAUUUAUGCAUUUGGAGAUUCCUACACUGACACUGGCAACACAAACUCAUCCACUGGUCCAAAUGCUUUUAUGUCUGUCUCAAGACCUCCAUAUGGCCAAACUUACUUCCAUCAUCCUACAAAUAGGUAUUCUGAUGGAAGGCUAGUGAUUGACUUUGUGGCUCAAAAGCUUUCACUACCCUUCUUGCCACCUUAUCUUAGCAAAACAGCAGAUAAAUCAUCUGGUGUGAAUUUUGCUGUUGCUGGAUCAACUGCCAUAAUUCAUAGUUUCUUUGCUAAGAAUAACCUUACACUUGAUAUCACCCCUCAAUCACUUUUGACUCAGCUUGCUUGGUUCAACUCGGUUCUGGAGAGCAAAGGGUGUAAAGAUAAGUCAGCCACACCUAAGGAAUGCAAAGCAGUAUUUGAUGAUUCUUUGAUUUGGGUUGGGGAAAUCGGUGCCAAUGAUUAUGCAUAUAUCCUUGGAUCUACUGUUUCAAAGGCUACUGUUCAGAAGCUUGCCAUUGGUAGUGUUACUCGUUUCUUGGAGGCCAUAAUGAACAAAGGAGCAAAGUAUGUUGUUGUUCAAGGGCUGCCUUCAACAGGUUGCCUAACACUAGCAAUGGCUCUAGCAGCUGAAACCGACAGGGAUUCAUUCGGCUGCGUGAAAACUUCAAACGAUCAAAGCUAUAAUCACAACGCGAUCCUUCAAUCGAAGCUGAAUGAUUUCAGGAAACGAUUCCCGGGUGCAGUCAUUGUAUAUGCAGACUACUGGAAUGCCUACAUGACAGUGGUGAAAAAUCCCAAGAAAUAUGGCAUUACAGAGCUAUUCAAAGCUUGCUGUGGAUAUAGUUCCGCUCCUUACAAUUUCGAUGUGUUUAAUACCUGUGGAACCACAAUGGCGACUUCCUGCAAAAACCCAUCUGAGUAUGUGAAUUGGGAUGGUGUUCAUCUCACUGAGGCCAUGUAUAAAGCUGUGUCAGAGGAAAUUCUUGACGGGAGUUUUUGUCAACCUUCAUUUGAGUACUUGCUCAGCAUGAAAAGGAAGUCUGGUUGA